ACUCAUAUAAAUGUUUAUUUUCUACAAUUUGGUCAUCUUAAAUAUUGGUAUAUAUACGCGGCAUGAACAAACUACCAUAUUCAUUUUAAGUUUAUUUGCAGUUGUUUACAAUUUAAUCCGUUUAAAAUACUAUAUAUUAAAUGCAUACAAUACUUCGAGAAAUAUUAUUUUAUAUAAUAUAACACUGGGAAUUUUGAACUUUGGAUUUUGUUUAUUUUAAAUCAGAUAAUCGGAAUUUAGCUUUUGAACUGAGCUUAAUAUCUGGCAGUUAUUGGUCAAAGUUGAUAUCUAAGAAAAAAGUUCGCGUUCGAACUACAGCAAACAAAUUUUAUAUCGUUCAUUUUGUGGAUUGUUUAAACCGUUUCCAUGACGACAGACGGACGCUGUAAGUGCUCCCACGCGGGAAUGGCGAGUCACUUCUGCGAGGACGAGUACGCGUUCAUCUUUAAAGUGGUGCUGGUGGGAGACAGCGGGGUGGGGAAGUCAAACCUGCUACUACGAUACACAAGGAACGAGUUCUACCUGGACAGCAAAUCAACCAUCGGAGUGGAAUUCGCCACACGUACAGUGGAUAUCGAGGGGCGGUCGGUGAAGGCUCAGGUCUGGGACACGGCCGGUCAGGACCGUUACAGGGCCAUCACUCGCGCUUAUUAUCGAGGUGCCGUCGGGGCGUUUAUUGUUUACGAUAUUGGCAACCGGAUGUCAUUCGACAACGUGCCAAAGUGGCUGCGCGAGAUGCGCGCGCACGCGGAUAACCCGGACAUAGUUGUUAUGCUGGUCGGCAACAAGACGGACCUUCGACACCUUAGGGCCGUCAGUACGGACGAGGGAGCGACAUUCGCAGAAAAGGAGUCGAUGUUUUUUAUCGAGACGUCAGCUCUGGAUGCCAGUAACGUGCAUAUCGCGUUCGAAAACAUUUUAACAGAAAUCUUAAGGAGGACGUCAUCCAAGCCCCUAGCUGACCCGGAGAAGCCCCGGGCCCUGACCCUGGGCGGUCUGACCACGCCAAUUAAGCCCACAGAAGACGAAAAGCGCGGCAAAUCUGUGCUCUUGCCAUGCUGUAAGAUCUGAGUUCUGCCGCUGUGAUUUGGGACAAUUUGUUUCAAAAAGAUAUAUUCCAGUGUUCCAAACACGCACCGGUCGUAGACCAAAUGGAUAAGUUCGAGAGUAAUUUAAGCCUGUUUUAAAUUGUGAAAAACUUCUUUUUAGGUUUGACCUUUAUUUAUUCGGAAAGUGAAAGUUAUUACCUUUCCUUUGCAUGUGAAUUUUGAACUAUGGACUUUUUCAAGAUCAAUGAAUUUUAGAACACCCCUGGCCGCUUACAAUUCUGCACCAUAUAUACAGGGGAAAUAACUACGCAACAUCUUUGGAAGAAAUUGAUCUUGAUUUGCGCCCAAUUAUCGAACAUAACAUCGAAGAGAAUAUGAACCACGAUUUCUUCGUGUAAGGGCGAACUACAGUGAUUUAUUUCUUGGUGUUAUUUUGUUAAACCUGUAUGAACUUACAUAGUCAGUCUCUGUUUAACUAUUAGUUAUAAUUUGAGUUUAACCUGAAAUGAUGUUUUUGAAGUACAAGCACAUCUACAUGUUUUUUUUUAACUUAAAUUUGCUGCCAUAUAUAUAUAUAUAUAUAUAUAUAUAUAUAUAUUCCAAUAUAUAUGUUGGAAUUGUAAAUAAAAGUGUUGAUGAAACGAUUGAGUGAAGAAUUGUAAAUAGACAUUUUUGUAAAGAAUUGAAAAUAAACAUGUAUUGUAAAGAUUUAUAAACAUAAUUUUUUGAACAGAAUUGUAAAUAGAAAUAUUAUGUUAAUAAUUGUAAAUAAAAUGAACAUAUGUUGUAAAGACUUAUAGAAUUGUAGUAAUAUGCAUGUAUGUUAACGAUGAAAUAUUGUGUUAAAUAUUGCGAAUAUACAUGGAUUUGAGAAUGUUUUUGUUUAAAGAAUUGUACUAGAAACGAUUUUGAUGCUAUAAUUGUCUAAAAAAUUGUAUAUAGAUAUGAUUUUGACAGGUGGGAGGACGUACUGUAUAUGACCUGUUGGCACGAUAAUUAUGUGAAAGCUUCCUCCAAAUAAAUGGUAAAA